GCCCCUGCUGGACCGGGAGCCGAACCGAGCGCACGCGCCCCGGACUUCUCGGAGCGAGCGAGCUCCCCAGUCCCAUCCUCGCCAUGGCUCCGGGAGAGAAGAUCAAAGCCAAAAUCAAGAAGAACCUGCCCGUGAGGGGCCCUCAGGCGCCCACCAUCAAGGAGCUGAUGCACUGGUACUGCCUCAACACCAACACGCAUGGCUGCCGCCGCAUCGUGGUGUCCCGCGGCCGCCUGCGCCGCCUGCUCUGGAUCGCGUUCACUCUGGCCGCUGUGGUCCUCAUCAUCUGGCAGUGCGCCCUCCUGAUCUUCUCCUUCUACACCGUCUCUGUCUCCAUUAAAGUCCACUUCCAGAAACUGGAUUUUCCUGCUGUCACCAUCUGCAACAUCAACCCUUACAAGUACAGCGCCGUGCGAGACCUUCUGGCUGACUUGGAACAGGAAACCAGGGCAGCCCUGAAGACUCUCUACGGCUUUUCAGAGGUCAAGUCUCGGAAACGCCGAGAGGCAGAGUCUGGAAGUUUGGCCUGGGAGGGCACCCGGCCCAAAUUCCUCAACGUGGUCCCCCUGCUGCUCUUCAAUCGGGCUGAGAGAGGCAAGGCCAGGGACUUUCUCACGGGACGGAAGCGGAAGGUCAGCCAGAGAGUCAUCCACAAGGCGUCGGAUGUCGUGCAGAUGCACAAGUCCAAGCAGGUCGUGGGGUUCCAACUGUGUCCAAACGAUACAUCAGACUGUGCCCUCUACACCUUCAGCUCGGGGAUCAAUGCCAUCCAGGAGUGGUACAAGCUGCAUUACAUGAACAUCAUGGCGCAGGUGCCCUUGGAGAAGAAAAUCAACAUGAGCUACUCUGCCGAGGAGCUGGUGGUCACCUGCUUCUUUGAUGGGGCAUCCUGCGAUGCCAGGAACUUCACACUCUUCCACCAUCCAAUGUAUGGAAAUUGCUACACGUUCAAUAACAGAGAAAACGAGACUCUCAGCACCUCCAUGGGGGGCAGUGAAUAUGGGCUGCAGGUCAUCCUGUACAUAAAUGAAGAGGAAUACAACCCCUUCCUCGUGUCGUCCAGCGGAGCUAAGAUUAUCAUCCAUCAGCAGGGUGAAUAUCCCUUCAUUGAGGACGUGGGGACAGAGAUUGAGACUGCGAUGGCCACCUCCAUAGGGAUGCAUCUGACUGAGUCCUUCAAGCUGAGCGAGCCGUACAGCCAGUGCACGGAGGACGGGAGCGACGUGCCGGUCAAGAACAUCUACAAGACUGCCUACUCCCUGCAGAUCUGCCUUCACUCAUGCUUCCAGACAAAGAUGGUGGAGAAAUGUGGGUGUGCCCAGUACAGCCAGCCUCUACCACCUGCAGCCAACUAUUGCAACUACCAGCAGCACCCCAACUGGAUGUACUGCUACUACCAGCUGCACCAGGCAUUUGUCCGGGAAGAGCUGGACUGCCAGACCAUUUGCCGAGAGGCCUGCAGCUUUAAGGAGUGGACACUGACCACCAGCCUGGCGCAGUGGCCAUCUACAGUUUCCGAGAAAUGGCUGCUGUCUGUUCUUACCUGGGAUCAAGGCCAACAAAUAAAGAAAAAGCUCAACAAAACAGACUUGGCCAAACUCUUGAUAUUCUACAAAGACCUGAACCAGAGAUCCAUCAUGGAGAGCCCUGCCAACAGCAUUGAGAUGCUUCUGUCCAACUUCGGUGGUCAGCUGGGCCUAUGGAUGAGCUGUUCUGUCGUCUGCGUCAUUGAAAUCAUCGAGGUCUUCUUCAUAGACUCCCUCUCCAUCAUUGCGCGCCGCCAGUGGCCGAAAGCCAAGGAGUGGUGGGCGCGGAGGCAGGCACCUUCCGGUCCUGAGGCUCCCCCUGGGCCCCAGGGCCAGGAUAACGAGGCCCUGGAUCUAGAUGAUGAUCUACCCACUUUCACCUCUGCUUUGCGCCUGCCUCCAGCACCCGGGGCCCAGGUACCGGGCACACCACCCCCCAGAUAUAACACCUUACGCUUGGAGAGGGCCUUCUCCAACCAGCUCACAGACACCCAAGUGCCAACCGAAUCCUGAGGCAAAUGGAGAGAAGAGAUAGAAUCGGGACUCCCAGCCACGGUCUGAGAAUUGUGUCACCUGGACGCAGAGGGGACCCUUUGCAGCACCUCCGGACUUUUCAGAGACAUUGACAAAGUCAGCUUAGACAAGGUGGUGCCUGGGUAUUGGGGGGUCCCUGAGAACCCUGCCCAGCAACACUCAAAGCCUUCCAAGAAGAGAUAGACCCUGCGGCCCCAAACCCUUAGCUCAUCAGCUGCGGAGAGAGGUGGGGCCGAGGAGACAGUGCCAGCCCAGACAGAGACCAGAGUGAAGCCUGAUCGAGUUCUUCGCCAGAACUUGAGAGAGAAAAACUCCAAGCUGUGAGCCAGGGGUUUCGCUUAGUCCCCAGCCUGGGCUUCAGCCCAAGGAUGUGACUUAGGUAUCAAGGCCAGAAAACAAAGCCUGGUGCCAAAGACAGGAGGACACGCCCGCCCUGGAGCUGUUUGUAAAUCAUCUGUUUUUAGUCAUUGACAUUGGGGUGAGGUCUCUGUGCCCUCAGGCAGGGAGCUGGCCCAGGUCCUUGGAAUGUGCAAGGGGAGACUGCAGUGGCCAGAGGUCUGUGACCAGGGGGCCUCACUCUGCAGGAGGGGGUAGGUCAUGUCCUGAUGAGCUGAGCCUAGAGCCUCUCCCCAAGCAGAGAAGGGCAAAUUAAAGGGCAUUGCUGGGCACCCUUCCCAAUGGUAGUCCAAGGCAUCUAGGAUUGUCUCCUGAUAACCCACCUAGCUGCUCUCCCUCUAGGGUGGCCCCCUCAAUGAAUGGCCUGCCCUAACCCACUAGCCAACCUCCGCAGACAACCGGCCAUGUUCACGCCAUCAAAUGGCUCCGACUUAACAGCUAACAGACAUUAAGCACGUGGGGGGUUUUCAGCCAGAGCACCUGGCUGAUCCUGACCUAAACGCUUGCAGGUUAGCAAACCAGGGAAUUAGAAACGAGGACCUGACCCACAGGCCAAAUCCCAUUUUGUAAGCCAUGACCUAAGAAUGUUUUUUUCCCACUUUUAAGUGGUUUAAACUAUUUUGUAACUCAUGAAAAUUGUAUGAUAUUCAAAUUUCAGUGUCCAAAAAUAAAGCUUUAUUGGA